CCUAUGCCCUUUGAGCGUGUCGAUUGAUCGACGCACAGUCACUAUAUCUAACCACCUGUAGGAGAGGAAGGGGAAAGAGAGGUAGCUGUAGGAGAGUGAUGGCCGGAGCGGUGAAGGCGGGGAGCCGGCCGCCGUGGGUGGGGCUGGCGGCGGCGGUGUGGGUUCAGGUGGCCGCGGGCACCGCUUACACCUUCCCGCUUUACUCCCACUCCCUCAAGUCGGCGCUGGGCUACAACCAGCAGCAACUCACCAUGCUCGGCGUCGCCAACGACACCGGCGAGAACUUCGGCCUCCUCGCCGGCGUGCUCUGCAACCGCCUCCCUCCCUGGUUCGUUCUCCUCGUCGGCGCCGCCUGCUGCUUCCUUGGCUUCGGCACCCUCUGGCUCGCAGUCAGCGUCACCGUUCCCGGCCUCCCCUACUGGCUGUUAUGGAUAGCACUAUGCAUUGCUACUAAUAGCAGCGCCUGGUUCGGGACGGGUGUGCUAGUCACCAACAUGAGAAAUUUCCCUCUUAGUAGAGGUACUGUUGCUGGCAUUCUCAAGGGUUAUGUUGGGCUUAGUGCUGCAGUAUACACUGGAUUAUACACGGGUGUACUCCAUAGCUCAUCGACAAAGUUAUUGCUGUUUCUCACUCUUGGGUUGCCUGUCAUAAGCCUUGCAAUGAUGUACUUUGUUAGGCCUUGCACACCAUCUUUGGAAGAAGAUUCAUUGGAACAUGGCCACUUUAUGUUCACCCAAAUUUCCAGUGUAUUUCUGGGUCUCUAUCUUCUUGCUUCUACAAUCUUGGAUGAUGUUCUCUCACUAAGUGAUGCUAUUAUCUAUUUGUUGUUCGGCAUAAUGAUUCUCUUUCUCCUGGCUCCCCUUGCCAUCCCACUUAAGAUGACACUCUUUCCAGCUACUCAUAAGAAAAAUGUUGCCAGCAACACAUGUAGUACUUCACGACUACCUGCGGAGGAUUUAGACCAUAAAGAAUCAUUAUUAGCUACAUCAUCAACAAAUAAUUUGGAGAACCCCCAGGAGAUUGAUGAUGCUUCUGAUGUGGAUAUGCUUUUAGCUGAGGGUGAAGGUGCAGUAAAAAAGAAGAGAAGACCCAAGAGGGGAGAUGAUUUCGAAUUUCGGGAAGCAUUGAUCAAAGCUGACUUUUGGCUUCUAUUUAUGGCAUACUUUCUUGGCGUUGGAUCAGGUGUCACAGUGCUUAAUAAUCUAGCCCAAAUUGGGGUUGCAUUAGGACUCGAUGAUACAACUAUCUUGCUAUGCCUCUUCAGCUUUUGCAAUUUUGUUGGCCGUAUUGGUGGAGGUUCAGUAUCUGAGUACUUUGUCAGAUCGAGAAUGCUUCCUCGACCAAUAUGGAUGGCAUGCACGCAAGUAGUCAUGAUUGUGGCAUACCUUCUCUAUGCUUCAGCUCUCAAUGGUACCCUUUAUGCAUCAACUGCUUUGCUUGGUAUCUGUUAUGGGGUUCAAUUUUCUGUCAUGGUGCCAACUGUUUCUGAGCUCUUUGGGUUAAAGCACUUUGGAAUUUUCUACAACUUUAUGUUGUUAGGAAAUCCUCUUGGGGCAUUCUUCUUCUCAGGUCUUCUUGCUGGAUAUGUUUAUGACAAAGAAGCUGCAAAUCAACACCCUGUUUCUAGCACUUGCUUGGGGCCUAGCUGCUUUAGGUUGACAUUCUUGGUUCUUGCUGGGAUGUGUAGUUUGGGAACAUUGUUGAGCAUAAUUUUGUCGGUGAGAAUCAGACCAGUAUACCAGAUGCUUUAUGCCGGUGGAUCCUUUAGAAUGCCUCGAAGUUCACUGCAUUGAUAAUGGAUCAACAUGGUCAGCAUCAGUGUGUACUCUGUUUUAGAAAAUAUAUUGUUGUCUUAGUUAUGUCUUAGUGAUGUUGUUCGUACACUCUAUGCUGUAUGUAGCUAUGAAGAGCUUAUCUGCAACUUGUCAUUCUUGGGUCUUGGCUGCUUGUUUAAUAAAUUAUAUGCCAAUAGUAGGCGAAAAUACUAUUAUACUUUUUAGAAAUAUUAGUUGUACUGAUUUGAGGAUCUUGAAUUUUAGAUGUAAAGGAUUAUAGAAAGAUUAGAGAAA